UAAGCUUUACUGAAGACCAGUUUGUUAAACAAACCGAAUAAGUUGCAGGUUUUAGUUGACUCAUUCUGCGCUCAUUCUGUGGAGAGGGAUUGCGCGUUAUUAGCCAUCGUGGACGUACAUCAUGGCACUUUCUGACAAGGGAAAGAUGAAACCCGCUGACGAGAAGUGUAUGAAAGUCUACGUUAUGGAAAUAGAGGAUGUGGUGGAAGCGAGAGACCUAACAGCCAAACUGUUUUCUGAAAAUAUUAUAGACAGAGAAGACAGAGAAAUAAUAGACUCCGGGGAGACAAGGAAGGAGAGGACCAGACGACUCCUUGACACUAUUGUCAUGAGGGGAGAAAGGUCCUUUCCUGUCUUCGUACAAGCAUUACAGUCAAGAGGGUAUAGGGAUCUGGCAAUGAAGUUGCAUGAAACAAGAUACAUUUAUCACAAUGACGAUUCAGAAGACCUGAAGGAGGGUUUGUCCAAACAAAUGGAAUUACUUAUACAGAGAAUCGAUACCAUUGAAAGUGAAGUAAAGAUGAGAAUGGUUACCAGGAACGAAACUGUGAGUCUUUCUAUCGAAAUCAAAUCCCUUUCGCUAAAAAUGCAAACAAUCUCAUGUACGCUUCUUCAGAUCGAAGAACUGUCCAGAUCAAGCAAAAUAACAGAAGUAACAAUAUCUGACCUGAAAGACAAGCUAAAGGCGAAGGAUAUACUGUUAGAACUUGCAAGGGGGCAGCUUGUAGAGUUGGAGAGUAAACUGGAAACUCUCGAAGCUGAGAACGCCCUUUUACGAUCUGAUGUGAAGCGACAAGACAGACAAAUCCGUACUCUUCGACGAGCGAUUGAGGACGAAAAGCUCCGCAAUGAGAAAAUGCAGAGACAAGCAGAAGAGGACAGAAAGAAGAAUGAGACGACGUUUCACAGGCAUGAGAAGUUGUUUGAAGAGAUGGCGAAGCAGCAGGAUCUCAUCACCAAACAGCGGGAGGAGGACAAGGCGCAGGUGCAGGCAUUGGAACGCAAGCUGGACCAACAGAGGAGGCAAAAGAGGAAUCUUAGGAAACGAAACUUUGUUCCCAGGAACCGGAUGGAGGAUGACAGGAAAUAGAGAGUUUUUGCCGGCACGUGACUCAUGAGGUGUUAACACUAUAGCAAACCGUAGAAUAGGAUGCAUUUUGUGUGCUGUUGUUAUUAGAAGUAGUCCUGCUGAAGAUGAGCCUUGGCGAUUCGUGUACCGUUAGCACGGGUGUUGUCCUAAUAAACGUUGACCCACACGCCUUCCAAACGUAGGGGUGUCAGUAUGUUGUCGAUUUGUAAACGAUUUCUAAUCGUCCGACCCGUCACUCGUACUCCAGUAACCUGAUAAAAGUUUACAACAAUUUGAUCCGCCGUUUGAACGCGAUUUCCUCGAGCGUGGUUUCAGAUCAAUCGAUCUUGUACACUUGUCUUUGACCUGGGUCGAUCGACAUUUUGGGUUUGUUGCUACUUGUUUGAACGUAUUGGCCAAACAAUGAAUGAAAUCAUGUAAAUCUAAACUUAUGAUGAGCAGAAUCAAUAAGAUUGACAGAAAUAAUUGUCCACGGAGUUUAAUCGACGGUCCUUGAAAGCGUCAAAAUCAGAAUAACACUACACGCCCGUGUAUGAGGCUACUGCGUGAGGCAAGUGUAAACUAUAGGAUGUGUUUUGGUGUUAAGUUUUACUGACAUAAAACGUCGUUGCAAAGGAUGUUUGUCGUCAACACAUAUCUUUGUUCUAAAGCUUGGUAUUAACAUUUAUAGUUCACGAUCCCCUACUUUUUUAAGACUAUAUGUAUUUUUAAUGUAACAUGUGAUACUUUCAAGACAUAUAUGAUUUUUUUGUUUUUGUAUGAUACUUAGAGUGAAAAUGUUUUUUUCCACGACGAUUUGACGAUUUGUACAUUCGGUAUAAGAAUUCCCAUUCUAACCUGACAAUGGGAGACAACACUUUACAGUAAUUAGCGCUGAUAGCUAUAGACAACUGGAAGUUAUUGCUUUGAUCUUUGUCGGUGCCAAUUAUCUAGCUGGCCUCCAUUUGCCCUUUGCCAUUUGCUUAUUCUAUUCUUUUUCCUAUCAGUGCGGUUAUCUCCCAAAACCCCUACAUCCGAUUUCCCCUACAACCCAGUUCCCCUACAAUUAGUUAAAACAACACGCAGCAUUUACCUGUCAUUUGUGGAGAUAGUCAGGAAGGUGGAACAGACAGAACGAGCUAAGAUUUUACAGCUCGACUUUGGAGCAGCGCCAAGAGACAGGACGAGAGUGUACAGUGAGGUGGAGAACCGUCUCUGCCGCCUGAAGGACGAGUUGAAUAGAGAGGUGAAAUCCCCAAUGCAGUUUCUAGAUGCGGUUGACCAUCUCCUCAGGCUGGGAUAAAGAGUGAAUUGAACAUUUGAGAUGAAAUUUAUUAUAAUGUAUUAUGAAUUUUGAAAAAUGAACAUUUUAUUAUAAUGUAUUAUGAAUUUUGAAAAAUGAACAUUAUAUUAUAAUGUAUUAUGAAUUUU